GAGAAUCACAACUCAAGUUUAUCGAUCUUAAAGGGAAAGAGCACACCGUGCCCGCGGACAACUGUUCAACAUGGCAAGAUCUGGUGCAGUUUCUUGAAAGUAAUGGCAUCGCAACAGCUCCUUACAUCAUCCUUGGCCCAGAGAAUAAGGCGGUGCCCCGCAAGUCGUGGAAAGCCUUGCUGAAGGUUGUGCGUAAAGGCCAUUUGAAAAUUAUCUUCAAGGUAUUUUGCAUAGACUUCAAAUAUUUCGGUCUCCUAAAAGGACACCAGAAGUGAUUCAAAUGGCUAAUUUCUGUUUAAACCAAUGUUAAAGAUUGCUGAAGGGGACUACCCCCCAUCGCCACCUGCAACGGUGUCACAUUCCAAGUCACCUUCCCCGGAGCCUGGUAUCAAAGAAAUGACAGACCAACAGAUCCCUCCAGACAUGGGCAGCGUCACAAAACAUGCAAUUAGGACUCUGGAGGGCUCAGCUAGUCUGACCGAAGCCAUUCUAGCCGAAUCGGUAGAGAGCAUUACACACGCUGAAUCGCCCGAACCCAAUAGAGAUAUAUCUCUGGACCUAUUUCCACAAGGUAAUACGACGCGAAAUACGAUGGAGAGGGAUGGAUACUUUCCUAUUCGAGGCUCUAUCAAUCCAGCGAAUCAAAUUGUACCGAUGCAAACCAAAGAUUCGUGGAAUGGAAAGGAGCGCCCUGCGCUGACAUGGGUGGAAGAUGGGAUUCGUGGAGAAUCCUUGACAGACGGGUCGAGAGCGAAGGUGCCUGAGGGACCACCACUGGUUCGUAUCCCGUAUCGACGCCCGACAGUUGAAGACUAUAGCCACGAUGAUUCUAGCAGCCCCAGCACCCGUUCCUCUUCCCGGUCCCGCAGAGAGAAUAGGAACGGUGACUCUAGAAGCCCUAGUAUCUCUCGCCGCCGUCCUCCUCCUCCCCGGUAUAGCAGCGAUUCCAGAUCUUCUAGCAGCCCCAGCAUCUCCCGACGCCGUCUUCCUUCCCCGUUGCGCAGAGGGAAUAGAAGCAGUGACUUUAGCAGCCCCAGCAUCCGCCGCCUCCGCCGCCGUUUCUCUCCUCCCCUGUUUCGCAGAGGGAAUAGACGCAGUGACUCUAGAAGCCCCAGCAUCCGCCGCCGUGUCUCUCUUCCCCGGUUCCGCAGAGAGGAUAGAUAUAGUGACUCUAGAAGCCCCAGCCCCCGCCGCCGUUUCUCUCCCCAGUUCCGCAGAGAAAAUAGGAACGGUGACUCUAGAAGCCUCAGCCCCCGAUCCCGUUUCUAUGCCCGGUUCCGCGAGGAGAAUAGGAACGGUGACUCUAGAAGCCCUAGCCUCCGUCGUGAAAAUAGCUUCGACUCGGAGCGCAAUUGGCGGGACAAACAGACAAGGGCCUAUGCCUCGAUAGAAACGCUCCGUCACCGUCCGGACCCGCCACAACUAACCUUUUACUGGGCGUCCCAGAUUGACAUUGAACUUGGGUGCUGGGCGACACCGUGGCAAAGAGGGAUGGAUGCCCUUGACAUGAUGGUAGAUAUCGGUCUCGCUGGCUUGUCACAAGCGGCUCGGUUGGCGCAGCCCAGGGCGAAUCGGCCGGCCGUCGACAGUAAUGAGAUCAUUUAUGCUGAGUUUCCCGGCCCUGUGAUCCUGGGGGAUUUGUGGAUUCAUCUCAGAGAGGGCGAACAUACUUGGCCUCCGUACGCGAUAAAUGCGCGGGGAGGGGUCAGAGGCCUGGCAACGCACUCGCUCGUUCAGCACUCUGCAUUCAGGGACGACGAACGACUGCCACAACUGAUCCUUUUAAACUCCGUACACAAAGCUGGGAUGUCCACUGCAGAAACAAGCACGGCAUCUCAGGUCCUGGAGCGAGAUCGCAUCUUGGAGCUAGCGUCCAUCGACUUCUGGCUUUCCCAUGCCGCUGCAACAAACAGCAUUUCAAAGGGCAAGUCGAACCUGGUUAUCAACACCCCCGCCAUCGUCGAGGAGAUAUGGCUCAAGUUCUUCCAGGAGAUUAUGGACGCCCGGAAGGAACUUUGGAACCCCGGCGGUGGCGAUAUGCCUGUCCGCAAGUUGGCCAACCAUAUUUCGGAUUUCCUCUCCGAUUUCUUAGGAUCACCUGCUGAGAUUUACUUUGUCUGGGUUGCCUUCCUGCGUGCUGUAAAGGUAAUGGAGUGUGUUGCCAAUGGGCCGCAAACAUUUCCGGCACUUCACAUAUUUGAAAACGAUAUUUUGGUGUAUUUAGUGUAAGUAUUUAGGCAUAGCAAGGAACGUGGUCUAGAUGCGAGAUUUUAAAUAUAUUGUACACUAUCCCCCCCUGCUUAUUACAGUUCAUAUUAUCUCCUGGA